GGGGCUGAGAGCUCAUUGGGAAAGGUAUCGGCACGUCUGCUUGCCAGCCUUUCCUCCGGGUGGUGGUUGAGAGCGGUGGGAGCCAGUGCGCCUGAUAUUUUGCCCUUCAGAGGGGGUGUCCCGGGACGGUUAAUCCUUCGUUGCCCCUAAAAGCUAGCGAAAACUGCUGGGCGCUGGGCCACUGCAGUGCCCUCUUUCCUCUGGCCCGGGGACCGUUUUUUAAAUAUCCAAGGGCGUGGGUCAGCCUCCCUUAGGACUUCAUGUCUGUAUAUUUCCCCAUACACUGCCCUGAUUAUCUGAGAUCAGCUGACAUGACUGAGGUGAUGAUGAGCGCCCCAUCUAUGGAUGAGAUUGGGCUGAAUACCCGGAAAGAUGGCAUCUCCUAUCAGAUCUUUCCUGAUCCUUCAGACUUUGAUCGCUGCUGCAAACUGAAGGACCGCCUGCCUUCCAUUGUGGUGGAGCCCACAGAGGGAGAAGUGGAAAGUGGGGAGCUAAGAUGGCCCCCAGAGGAGUUCUUGGUCCAAGAAGAUGAGCAAGAAACCAGUAAAGAAACAGAGAAUGAGAAGAAGGAGCAGUAAAUCUAUCAAGGGCACCCAAAGGGGGCAAAAAAAAAAUACAUCUGAACUGUAUUUUUUUCCCAUCAUGGUGGAAAAUGAGUGAGCCACAGUAGUUCUGAAAAUGUCCAAUGACAGCUUCAAUUUUGCACCUGCGAGAUCACUGGGUUGGUUUUCUUUUUUUCUUUUUUUUUGAUAUGUAUAUUUUUUUUCUGAAAGAAAUGUGUCCAGCAGCUGAGUCCUCAAUGCAAAGAUCAGCAAGGCCUUCUGAGAAAGGAAGUCACUUAGCUAGGGUUGGGGAAGUGUCUGCUGCUUUGAGAUCACUAUCUGAACUCUGCAUAGUCUUGAGGGGUUGUGAUAUUCCAGGGCGGGGUGGUGGUAAAAGGCAGAGCAAGUGAGGAACAUUUUGAGGCAAGAAAAAUGACAGAAAUAAGAGAAAAUAGAGGUUUUAAGAAAACACUCAGCAAAGACCUAAAGCUAGAAAGCCUUCAGAAGGGACUAGCGCUGGCUCAGAAGUACAUCCGUAGAUAGAGUCGUCAUCUCUCUCCCGUUUUUUCUCUUUUCCCCCUUUUGUUUCUGUUCAGAGUGUGUUUGAGUGAGUUAACAAGGGAGGAGGGGAAACAGACCACGCUGGGAGCUCUCUAAUGGCCUGGGCAUAAAGAGCUUCGAGGCAAGCACAUGGGCGAGUACCUUGAUUGCCUCCCUUCUCUCCUCCUUCUUUUAACCCCUGCUCCACCUGAUCUCCACCUUCCUCUGACAGAGGACCUUUUCUGUCUAUUUGUUGUUUUGUGGGUGGGGAGUGCAAGACUUUCUGGGUCCAUUUCCCAAAGUUUCCAUCCCUUUUUGUUCUUGAUGCCCUGGCAUCCCGUGUCCCUUUGUGGGGGGUGGGGAGUAUAAGAGAGCUACAGGGUGGGUCCCUCGCCCUUCUCAGGAUGAAAGGCACAUGACAGUGCUCCUCUCUCUUCUUGUCUUUCUCAAAGUCUGAGCAGGAGGUUUGGGAGUGCCUAGACUCUCUUUAAUUAACCCUUUCUUCCAAAGCCCCUGUGCCAGUCUCUGAGCUGAAUCUUCUGUCUCCUCCCACCUUUGUGAUUCUAACCAGUCUGACUAGCUAGGUCUCUUACUGUUGGCCUUCAGCCUACUUUUCACCUUGAAUAUUCUCCCUCCUUUUUAUGAGAAGUGGAGGAGUGAAAGGAAGAGAAACCUUUAUUGCCUGGUAUUGUUUUUAGGUGGGAGCUGAGGGCUAGUGUAGCCUGGGACUUGGAAAGAACAUGGGUUGGGGAAGGAGGAGGAGGAGUGAGUGGGGUGACACAUGGUAGGUCGAAUGCCAGCAGUACUGUGACCAGGUUGGAAAUUAGAGGGUGUCACGAGAUACCUUGCAGCUUUUCAAGUUCUGGAGAGGUAGGUUGUGUGUGUGUGUGGGGGGGGGGGGGUGGAGAGGGGAGGAGGCUUAACCUGAAUUGCUCUGUUCUGAGGAGGCUUCAGAAAGGAAAGGAUGUUGUAUUCAGACCUCAGUUCUCCCCUCCAUCCCCCUAAUUCUCCCACUCCCACCUCCUUCCUCUCAUCCUCCUUGGCCCCUUGUCUGGAAGGGCACCUUCCACAAGAACAUUGGGAGAUCACUUAUGAGCUGGCUAUGGUGAGGCUCUCCACUUUGGAGUCCAGGGUCCUAAGAACAAAUUAUAGAAACAUUUCCAUCGUGUUGCCGGAUCCUUUGUGGCUUCCACAGAGGCAACAGAUGAUAAGGAAUCAGGCUUUGAAGCUUUCCUUGGGUAUAACAAGGGAACCCAAGGCACUUGACCAUUGCCUCCCUAUUUCCAAUCAGUCCUAUUUCAGCCCCUAGUCUUGGACUUAGUGUAAUAUAUUUGUAUUUAAUACCUCAUGGGUAGUAUGGCGCUGGGGAAGGCUGGGAAAGGGUGUUGCUUUUGUAUAGCAGCAGCAGGACCAGGUUUGAGGGGUAUCUCUCCCCUCUUCUUUCCUCCCAUCUCAUACACUUGUAUUAUAAACAUUGAUGGCAAUAACUUUUAGCUCCAUACAGUGGCAGCAGACCAGCAGGUUGGGGGCGGGGAGAUUACCCACUCUCUGCAUUUUCUGCUGGUGACCCAUGAUAGGUCUGCCUCUCUCUCUCUCUCUCUCUCUCUCUCUCUCUCUCUCUCUCUCUCUAAUUGUGGUUUGGUGGCAAAGAGCCAGUCAGACUAUCUCUGUCGUGUACCCUCCCGCUGUAGUUCUGAUCAUCAUUCAAUUCUUGUGGAGGGGAGAGUUGGGGACUCACCUAAUAACUCCUUGUCUUUUCAAAUCCCUCCAUGGGGUGGGCAUCCAAUCCCACCCUUCCCCAUCUGCUACCUGUUAUCAUCUGUCCCAGUCUUGCUGUGUAAUGAAACGUGCUUUUGUACACUGCAUAACAAACCUACUUUGUGUGUGUGUGUGUGUGUAUGUUUAUGGCUGGUGGGUUAUUAUCUUUCUGGUCUUGAGACCACUCUCUACCGCCAUUUGGAAUUCUGAGCAGGUGAGGGGCCAACAGCCAGCGUAGGCCAGGAUCUUCAGAAGGGUCAGCCCCGCUGGGUUGAUCCCGUCGACCUUGGAAGGGACUAUGCUCUUUAUCUGGCCUCUGUGUUUUUGUGGGUUUUGUUUGUUGUUAGAGUUGUCAUUGUCGUUUUUCCCCUUUUAGAAGUAAUUUGUGUGUAUUUCUAACUGAAUGUAUAAAAAAAAAACUUAGUAAAAAUGCCUGUUGUUUGAUGAACUUUCUGUAACUUCUGUCUGUUCUUUUUUGAGGCUCAGGGAGAAACUAGCAUUUUUUUUUUCCAAAACUACUUUUUGUCACUGUGACAGUUGUAAAUAAAGUUUGAAAAUGC